AUGUCUGAACUUAAAACACAGUCGUUAUCUAAACAAUUUCAAGUAGUGGUUAAAAGGGCAGAAAAUUUCUCUUCAGAAAGUAAACCAGUGCCGGGCGAAAGCACAUUUGAUAGCAUACUUAAACAACUUAAGGACAUUCAAUCCAAAGUAAAAGAACUUCAGCUAUUUAGCUCAAAUGAAUCUCUAGAUGAAGUGACUACGGCUGAUAUCAAAUAUUUAGCAAUAUAUUACUAUUUGGCCAGUUUUAUCGAGCAGCAUGGAACCUUUGGAGUCAAUGGUGUACCAAACAAGAGAGUCAGGUUUGGUAUGCUAACAGAAGCUAACCAAUUGUAUCUUCAAUUCCUACAGAAAUUGGAUGAUUAUGGGUUAUUAGAUAAAAAACAAAGCAAAAUAAUGGAUACAAUGAAAGAUAGUAUGCAUCCACAACUUUCGGAAAUUCAAGUGAGGGACCCUACUUUACGGCGUGCAUCAAAGAUCGCAAAUUAUAAACACGAAAAGGAAUUCCAGAAGGCUUUAAAUGUACUCAACGACAAGGAGGCGUUAGAAAGUAUGGACGACGAGAAUUUGCGCAAUAUAAUGAUUGAUCAGUUGAAAUUUGAUGCGUUGAAAAGUUUUGAGUCUUUGGAAAGUAACCUAAUGGAAUUACAACUACUAAAGAACUAUAUUAAGCAAGAAAUAAUGAGUUCCGGGGGUGAAGAUAACAUAAGGCCAAAGUAUGGAGAAUCAAAUGAUCACUCCUUUGAUAAAGGCUUUACUGAUCGGUUGGAAAAUCUUAAUAAACCAGUUCUUUCGAAAAAUGGACGAAUUCUUCGACCAUUUACCAUUGUUCCUUCUCACGAAAAAAGGGAUCAACUGAGACAAAAGGUUCAGGGAACGGGCCAAGAGCUCCCUACGAUGACUGUGGAAGAAUUUGUAAAUCAUGAAUUAAAGAAUGGUGGAAUGGUUGCAAAAUCAAAUAAGAAUGAAGCAAAUGACGCAACUCAAAAUGAAGAUGACUACGAAGCUCAGGAUAAAGAGACAUAUAGGCAAAGAGAAUUUGAUGAUUUCAAGGAUUAUCAUACAAAGGGGAGUGGAAACAUGAAGGGAAAUAUGGGUUAG